ACAGAGAAGGCACUCAGAAGGAAUAGCCUCUUAGUAAGCUCUCUAGCUUACUCUCCAUUUUCUCAUUCUAUCACCAGCAGCCAUGAGCAUCAAGCUCAGCAACACCUCCUUAUCAUCCAGGGGAAGCACUGAACAUGGCUACAGAAGUGGCUUUAUCGGAAAGCGCUUCUCCAGCCAGUCCUAUACUGCACCCAGCAGCUCCAGGAUAAGCUAUGGUGGUGGCUUCCGCUACGGUGGUGUCAGUGCUGGUGGUGGUCGUGGCAUUACCGCUAGCUCAGGCUAUAGCCUAGGCAGCAGUGCAGGAGGUUUCAGAAAAAGCUAUGGUACAGCUCUUGGAACUAGUUUAGCUGCAAGUGGUGUCUAUGGUGCAGGUGGUGGUUUCAGUAGAUAUGUUGGUUAUGGUGCAGGUGAUGGUUUCGGUCGAGGAGGUAGUUUCAGUGGAGGUGGUUCUUUCGGUGCAGGUGGUGUUUUAGGUGGAGGUGCUAGUUUAGGUCCAGGAUUAGGAUUUGGAGGAUUAGAUGGAGGACCAGGACAAGGUGGGUUCGGCAUCGAUCCAGGUUUUGUGGCACCCCCAAUCACUGCUGUCACAGUCAACCCAAGCCUCCUUGUCCCCCUUAACUUGGAGAUUGACCCCGCCAUCCAGGACGUCCGCACAAAAGAGAAAGAGGAGAUCAAGACACUCAACAACCGUUUUGCCUCCUUUAUCGACAAGGUGCGUUUCCUGGAGCAGCAGAACAAGAUGUUGGAGACCAAGUGGAAUCUUCUUCAGGAACAGACAAUAUCACGUACCAACAUUGAUGGCAUGUUCCAGACCUACAUUGCCAACCUGCGCAGACACUUGGAUAACCUUGGAAAUGAGAAUAUUAAGCUGGAGGGAGAUCUGAAGAACAUGCAGGGCCUGGUGGAGGACUACAAAAACAAGUAUGAAGAUGAAAUCAACAAGCGUGCUGUUGCAGAGAACGAUUUUGUUCUCCUAAAGAAGGAUGUCGAUGGAACCUACAUACAAAAGGUUGAGCUUGAAGCUAAAGUUGAUGCAUUACAGGAUGAGAUCAACUUUCUCAGAGCUGUGUAUGAUGCGGAACUGCUGGAGCUUCAGGGACAGAUCAAAGACACAUCGGUUGUUGUCGAGAUGGACAACAGUCGCAAGCUGGACAUGGAUGCCAUUGUGUCUGAGGUCCGUGCUCAGUAUGAGGAAAUUGCCAGUCGCACUCGCAGUGAGACUGAGACAUGGUACAAGCAGAAGUUUGAGGAAAUGCAGACAUCUGCUGGCUACUAUGGUGGCGAUCUUCAGAGCACCAAGGUUGAGCUUACAGAACUCAACCGCCUGAUCACACAACUCCAGACUGAAAUUGAGACAGUCAAGGGACAGCGUACCAGCCUGGAGACACAGAUAACAGAGGCUGAGGAACAAGGUGAGCUGGCAGUGAAAGAUGCCAGACUACGUAUUAAGGAACUCGAAGUAGCCCUGUAUAAUGCUAAGGAGGACAUGGCCCGACAAGUUCAUGAAUACCAGGAGCUUAUGAAUGUCAAACUGGCCCUGGACAUUGAAAUCGCCACCUACAAAAAACUCCUGGAAGGAGAAGAGACUAGGAUUGCCACUGGUGGUGGAACUGCAACGAUCCAUAUUCAGAAAGUUAGCAGUGGUGUUGGCUCUGGAUACAGUGGCAGUUUUGGCUACGGCGGGGGUACUGGCCUGGGCAGUGGCAGCUUUGGGAUAGGCAGUGGUAGUGGUGGCUUUGGGAUAGGCAGUAGUAGUGGUGGCUUUGGUAUAGGCAGUGGUAGUGGUGGCUUUGGGAUAGGCAGUGGUAGCUUUGGCAUUAGAAGUGGCCCCUAUAAGAUAGGUGCUGGUGGUAGCAGCGGCAGCUUUAGUUUGGGUGAUGCCUUGGGUGGUGGCUUGGGUGGCGGUGGUACACUUGGUAUUGCCUAUGGCGGUGCCUCUGGAAUCACUGCGUGUGGUGUUAGUGGAUAUUCCUUGUCUCGUCCUAGGCCACGUCUAAACAUCCUGUGACCACCUAGCCCAUCCAUGGCAACCUCCAGAUCCACGUUUUCCUUAACUGCCUUCAGUAAUUAAAAAAAAAAAAAAAACUCACUAAUCGGCCACAGCCAUAACACCACCAUCUGUCAUUCAAUACCCCUUUCCCCACCAUUACCACCACUCCUACCCAUUUAUCAUGUCCAACCCAUGCUAUAGGUAUUUAUAGAGCAUCUACUGACUCGUUUCAAAUAUGUUUACAUGUGUCUCACACAUAGCAUAUCAUCUCAAUGCAACAUAAGAACAGUGGAUGUUUUAUAUCUACAAAAUGGUAUUAUGAGUUCAAGUGUGUAAAGAAUAAAACAAUUAAAGAGAGACAACAGAA